AUGUCAAAGGGUAAGGAAAAAGUUAGCAGCAGCAAGCAAUUUAGGUGGCUGCCACCUAUGCAUGAGAUGAUGCUAAAGAUACUAACAGAGGAGGCUGGAAAGGGCAAUAAGCCCUCUACUACUUUUAGGGCCGGCUCCUUUGCUCUUGUAGCGAAGGAGAUAACGGCCCAUUUCGGGGUUGAGUGCCACCCUGUAUUUGUGGAGAACCGGAUGCGGACUCUAAGGUCCAUGUGGGCAACUAUUCAAGAGCUUAGAAAGAAGAGUGGAUUCGGUUGGGACGAAAAUCUGAAAAUGAUAACGUGUGACGCUAAAACAUACCAAGAAGAAGUUAUGGCACAUCGGAAGCAUGCCGAGUAUCUGAACAAAAAAAUUGAGUUUUACGAUGAAUUAGCGAUUGUGGUGGGGAAGGACACAGCCACAGGUGCCUUUGCUAAGUCUGGAGUGGAUAUCGAAAAUGAGCCAGAUAAUGGGGAUAAUGGGGAUAGUGCAGAGUUUGUGGCAGAUAAUGUGGAUGAAUGUGUGGUUGAAAAGGGGAAGAACGGAAAUGAAUCAUCCACCACUGGGUCGGGAAUUUCCAAGUCCCGCAAAAGAGGGCGUGCAGCUUCUGCUGCUGAUGAUAGUGUGCUGACUGAUCUGUCUGGUCAGCUGAAGGAAAUAGCUGUCGCUCUAAAAGAAAUUAAUCGGGGCCCGGUAGAUUACACAACUUUGUAUAAUGAGGUAAUGGCUAUGAUGGCGGAUGGAUAUAGCGAAGAUAUGCUCGCUACUGCCUUCGACCAUCUUUGUGAGAAUGAGAAGACGUCACGUGGAUUUUUAGCCAAGAAUGCUAGGUUGAGGAAGUUGUGGUUAGAUGGUUAUUUUUUCUCACAAAUUUGA